AUGUCAGGAUCCUUUUGGAAAUUUGGUACAGAUUAUUCAUCUGAAUCGUCACUUUCACGUCUUCUAAAUAAAGCUUUCAUUAAGAUUGAAGAGGACGAGAAAGAAACUGAUGCUUAUAAAGGUGGUGCUCUAUCUCUUAAUAAAGAUCUCGAGAAAGGCAACGAUGAAAAAGAAUCUAAUACUGCAACAAAUGCAGAAACAGAAGAUGAACCACAAGAUUCAUCCUCUAAAUUGGAAGAUUCUGAAGAAAGUAUAGAAGACGAUGAAGAGGAAGGUGAGUCUCUACCGACUACAGAGGAAGAAUAUAAAUACUAUAGGCCAAACAUGGAUGUAUUAGAUGCUCUAUUGGAUGAUGAUGAGCUUUAUACAGAGUUGAUGUGCUCCAACUUCAAACUUUUAGUCUUUCUCAAAUAUCCGGAAGUCCUAUCAAAACUUAUUGAUUAUGUCAAAUGUAAUAGCUUGAUUGAAGGUCUGACAUUGGAAGAGUUAGAAGAAAGAUCAAAUAAGGAUGCACAAACUUCUGUCGAAGAAGAGCAUUAUUCAGCGCAAGUAGACAGGGAGAAAAGAUCUACCACACCUGACAUCAUUUUGACGGAAGCAGAUGAUAUUACAAAGCAAACGAACGAGGUAGCAAAAGAAUCAGAAAGCGAAAAGGGAGAAGAUAGUGACAGUAAUUCUUCCAGUGAUGCAGAUGAUGUGAGUGUGACGGUGCGUCAAGAUUAUGAGGAACAAGAUGAGUUGAGAAGGGCAAGAAUGGCUGCUGAAGUCUUAUCUGCAGAUGUGUGGCCAAUUUCUUCGGCAAUAAUACAAAAUGAAGACCUUUUAGAGAAACUUUGGUCCAUAAUGCAAUAUCCAGCACCUCUACCGAUUGAAAUAUCAACAUAUUUCAUGAAAAUAAAUGAAAGAUUACUUGAUAUGGAUCUGAACGGUAUUUUGGCAUUUAUUCUAAAUCAUCCAAACUUGUUGGAUAUAUUUCUAACUCAUAUCGAUAACCCACCAUUAAUGGAUUUUUUGCUAAAAGUUAUAUCUACAGAUAAAGCAGAUACACCCACUGGAAUUAUUAAAAUUUUGAAAGAGCAAGGUAUGAUCCCAAAGUUACUAGAUUUCUUGUCACCAGAAUAUGAUAAAUCCACUCAAUCUGCUGCGGGUGAUUUCAUCAAGGCCUUAGUAACCAUAAGUGGCAAUUGUAAUAAUGAAAUUGCAUCUAGCAUCGGGCCUAAUGAAAUGAUUAGAGAAUUGGUUUCCCCACCAAUGGUUGAAAAAUUAAUCUCUAUUAUGUUGAAGGCAGGUUCUUCCUUGAGUAAUGGUGUCGGUAUAGUAAUAGAACUGAUAAGAAAGAAUAACUCAGACUAUGAUUUUGUUCAACUGGCUUACACAACUAUUAAAACUCAUCCGCCAAAUGAUAGGGACCCAAUUUAUCUAGGAUAUUUACUUAAGGCGUUUGCAGCACAUAUGGCAGAAUUUACGCAAAUGUUAACUUCAAUCGAGUUACCACCUUUACAAACCCCACAAGGUGAAAUCGAACCACUCGGUUUUGAAAGAUUCAAAAUCUGCGAACUAAUUGCUGAAUUGCUUCAUUGUUCGAAUAUGACGUUAUUGAACGAUCCCAACGGAGAAUCAAUUGUUAAAGAACGUGACGAAGAAAGAGAAAGAAUUUUGAAACUAGAAAAUCAAAAACUAAAUGACGAAUCUGAUAACGAGAUUGAGGACAACAAUAUACCAACUACAGAUCUCAAAUCUGAUACUAGUCAAGAAGAUGAAAAGAUAGCAAACGAAAUGAAUGAUCUUCAAUUAGAUUCAGAAGGCAAUGCAGAUGACACAGAUGGAUCUGAACAAGCUAAGUCUGACACUGUUCGAGACGAAUUUGAAAGCAAAGAAACAAAUGAAGAAGAAUAUCUUGAGAACAUAUCAGAUGAUUCAGAAACAGAACACAAACUACGUGAGAACCCAACCGUUGGAGAUCAGUUAAAAAUUGCUUUGGAGGAUACAAGGGUUAUUGAAGUCAUCCUGGAAAUGUUUUUCCAUUAUGUAUGGAACAAUUUUCUUCACAAUGUUGUAUUUGACAUCAUUCAGCAGAUAUUUAAUGGACCUUUGAUGACUGGUUAUAACAGAUUUUUGUUGAUCGAUCUCCUUAAGAAUAUUCAUAUGACGGACUUAAUCAUAAAAGGAAAUGAACAAUCUGGUGUAUACGAAGAGAAGCAUGUUCUUAGAUUAGGUUAUAUGGGUCAUCUUACCUUGAUGGCUGAAGAAAUUGUAAAAUUUGAGGCUUAUUUAGAUGAAAUGAAGAUAACAUUUACAACUGAUACAAUUCCAACGUGUUUGAGCGAGGCAAAGUGGAAGUACUAUGCAGAGACUGAAUUAGCAGAUCUUAGAGAAAAGUACAACACCAUUCUUGGAGAUGUUGGUGAUGAAGUUGAUGAGCUGGAGGACGAAGAUGAUGAUGAUGAACAAGCCAGUUCUGUCACCGGUUUUAACCAAGGUGCUGAGAGAGACGAAGAUGAUGCUGAUUAUGUUGAAGAAGAUGAUGAAGCCUAUGAGAAUCAAAUGAAUAUGUAUGACAGUCUAUCAUCAACACAUCAAAUGGAUGAAUACGACGAUGAAGAUGACGAGUUGUAUGCCGAAUAUAAUGAUAUUGAUAACCCAAGAUAUUAUGAAUAUAUUGAUGGUGACGGAAAGAAAACAAGGUUAGAACUCAAUCCUGCAGAUCUCCAUGAUGGCGAUGUCAAAACCAAAGAUUCAGCGCUAAAUAAUAAUGAAGACGAAAAUAAUGUUACUAACAAAUUUAGCGCUUACAUGUCAGACCAGUUGAGAAAGGAUUUUUACGACUCAGAGGCUGAUGAACCAUCUAGGAAGUCUCAUAAACCUGAUACUCAGCAAUUUGAUGACAACGAAGGGACGUCGUGGGAGUCAGAUUCCAAUGCUUUCAUCCUAAAAAAUUUCUCCAAAACCUCACAAUUAGCUUCUCCAGAAAUUGAGAACAAGAACAUAUUCCAACAUCAGUUCGACCUCGAUAAUGUAUCACAAAUAGAGCAGCAUGAUGUUGAAGAAGAUGACGAUGAUUACGUGGAUCCAAAUGAUGAUGGUCAAUCUUAUUCAAAACCAAAUAAUCCAUUGUAUUCUGAUAAGCAAAAUGGUGGGUAUUUCUCAAACUCGUCAAGGUCGCGUAGCAGUGAUGAAGAUGAAAACGAAUUAAGUGAUGAUAGCGAAGCAGAAUUAGAAGGUAGCCCAUAUGAGGACCAAGCAGAUGAGACUGAUUUCAAUACAUACACUCUUUGUCGUUCUACAAGUAAGGACAAUCUUUCAUGGGAUGAAAACGAACAGGAUCGUCUGAUGGGGAUGGUAAGUUAUAAUCGUGAUUUCAAGGAUAGCUAA